AUGGUUUUCUCCAAUAUCGAUGCUUCUUCGCUCCUGGUUGUAUCUAUCCUCACAGUCAUCACGUCUCUGGCUUAUCGAGAUGCACCAAUUCGUAUCGCCCCUGAGAUGCUUCUCUUUCCAAGGCCAUCCGCAUUGAAGGAGAUGUACUGGGACCGGAAUCUCAACAACAAAUCUUCAUUCUAUUAUACUGGUCUCUUCGGCCCACCACAGUUGUUUACUACCCUUUCUGGUGCAGAACAUGCACCUUUGAGAAAAGCAUUAGGAGCUGCACCAUGGGCAAUUGGAGAUAUAAGGAAAGAUUGGGAAGACAAAAUGGACGAACAAAUAAUCCUUUUCACUAAAGUCAUGACGGAAAAGGCAAAGGCAGGAGAAUCCGUUAAUCUCGGUGAUAAAGUAGCGCAAUUCGCAGCCGAAAUUAUGACGAUAUUCUUAUUCAAUCAACCAUGGGGAUUCGUGAAAAAUAGUCGAGAUGAACGAGCCUUGCUUCAAAACUGGAGAAAAGGCCUUGAUUUCGUCGGCUUCACUGCAAGGUUCACCUUUUUUCGGAAACAUAUCCUCAAUAUUCCAGGAAUAGGCGCGUUGGUAUUACCCAAACCUGACACCAAAAGUGGUAUGGGAUACUUGAUUUUUGAAGCAGACCGUGCUAUCACAGAGCGAGAAGACGAAAUCUCUCAAGGUAUAUAUCCAGAGGAGCCGGACUUUCUACAGCAUAUCCUCGAGGCAAGAUCCGGCGGCGAACCACUUACACCCGUUCAAAAACGCUCCAACGUAACUCUACUCAUUCAAGCCGGAGCCGACACAACAGGCACAACUCUCGGUGUCAUACUUCGUUUCAUAGCUUCAACUCCCGGCUGUUUCGCCAAAGCUUUGAACGAAAUUCGCGAGGCCGAGAAUAAAAACCUUCUUUCAACACCAAUCAAAGAUGAAGAAACGCGUACUCAUCUUCCGUAUCUAGUGGGUGCUGUGAAAGAAUCCAUGCGUCUACAGCCUAGCGUGGCACUUUGGCUUCCGAGAACCGUACCACCGGAGGGGAAAAUCAUUGAGGGGGUUUUUGUACCAGGUGGGACGGAUGUCACUAGUUAUACUAUGGCUGUUCAAACAGAUCCUAUUUUAUUUGCACCAGACCCAUAUGUAUUCAGACCAGAACGCUGGAUGGAAGAGGACAAAGCUGCGGAAUUAGAACAUGGUAUGUUUCUUUUUGGAAUGGGUCCAAGAGUUUGUCUAGGAAAGGAUAUUGCUUGGGUGGAAAUUUACAAGUUUAUUCCCGAGAUCAUCCGUAAUUUCGAUAUCGAGGUUCUAGACGAGGGAAAAUAUGUUUGUGCCGGUGGAUUAAGUUAUAAUGAGGAUUUUGUUGUGAAAUUACAUCCGCGGAGUGUGGAUUGA